UCUAACUUCACAAUCACCAAACUCGAGGGUACCUUAAUUUCUAGGGAAACUUAAACAAAAGUCCAACACAACAAACAAAGACUACACAAUCAAAAUAAAAAGUACUCUAAAGAAAAAGAAAAAGAAAAAGAAAAAAAAUAUGAUUUCAACAUCUGUGUCCUUCCCCUUCACGUGAGCAUCCCCCUUUCUCUCUCCUCAUUCGCCCAUUCUCUCUCUAAAAACAAACAACUCCUGUAAAUUCUGUAAGCGUCACACACACAGACACACGCUCUCUCUCUCUCCUCUACUUAGAUCAGAUCUUCAACAUUCAUGACCACAUUCUAAAACUACCAUGCCUUCCAUUCUCCUCUUCUUUGUCAUAGUUUCAUUACUUCACUUAUUAUUGCCCGCAGCCGGCCACCACAUCUGCUCCGCCGCACAACAACCACUCUGUCCACCGUUCAACACCACUCCACCACCCUACCCGUUUUCUACCAUCCCAGGCUGCGGCCACCCUGCCUUCCAGCUCCACUGUACUCCCACCGCCUCUUUACUUAAAAUCAACAACCUCACUUUUUCUCUUCUCCGCUAUGACUCUUCCUCCUCCUCCCUCCUCCUCUCCCCACUUUCUAUCUCCUCAAAAUCAAAAUCGGAAUCAAACCCAGAAAUCUGUCCUUCUCUCUCCUCAAUCCCUCAUCACCCUAUUAAUCUCAAUAACACCCCUUUCAAAUUCUCUGGUUCUUCCUGUUCGCGACUCUCUCUCCUCAAACCCUGCCCUCCUUCAACACUCUCUUUACCUAACUGUACCCUCUGCCCAUGGCAUUGCUCCCUCGUGCGACACCCGCUGCGUUUGCUUCGCAACGAUUGCGGACCGUCUUCUCGGUCCGUAUCUGAACAAGGCUGUCAGAGCGAUGUUCUGGGAUUCCUUGAUAAGAUCCUGAAAUAUGGGAUUGAAGUAGAGUUUGAAAGAAACAAUGGCGAAUUCUUUUCAAAAUGUGUUGAAUGCCGCUCGGAUAAAAAUGGGGUUUGCGGGUUUAAUUCAUCUGACCCGAAUAAACCGUUUCUGUGUUUGCAUCAUCAGAUUAUCUUCCCUCCACCGUCCUUAUGGUUCCAUCACAAGAAGCAUAUUGCGGAGUUUGCUUCCAUGUUUGUUAUUCUCUGUUUGUUAUGUUUUAUUGGGGUUUCAAUAUUCGCGUUUCGAAACGGGCGUUUUGGCGGUAAUGGCACGACCAACUUGGAGGAUCCGACGACUCUUUUCCUUCAGAACCACCGCUCCGCCUCGCUCCUUCCGCCGGUUUUCACCUAUGAGGAGCUGGAAUCUUCGACGAACGGGUUCGACCCGAAUAGAAAGAUUGGGGAUGGGGGGUUUGGUUCGGUUUUUUUAGGGAAACUUCUCGACGGCCGGACGGUGGCGGUGAAGUAUUUGCAUCGCCAUGGUGGGAAAGUUGUCUCAUCGAAGUCGUUUUGUAAUGAGAUUUUGAUAUUGUCAUCAAUUGAGCACCCGAAUUUGGUUAAACUUCAUGGGUAUUGUAGUGACCCACGGGGGUUGUUAUUGGUGUAUGAUUAUAUCCCAAAUGGGACUUUAGCUGACCAUUUACACGGCCCGAAUCGGAAGUUUUCGGGUUCAUUGAGUUGGACUACUCGGGUUGAUAUUGCAUUGCAGAUUGCGAUGGCGGUUGAAUACCUACAUUUUACAGUUCAACCGCCGGUGGUUCAUCGCGACAUAACUGCUACUAAUAUUUUUGUUGAUCAGUAUAUGCGGGUUCGGGUUGGGGAUUUCGGUUUAUCUAGGUUGUUGGUUUGCGCAGAAAAGAAUCUAUCUGGGGAACUAGCCGGUUCAUCUUCCGGUUGUGUGUGGACUGGGCCGCAAGGGACUCCAGGUUACUUAGACCCGGAUUACCAUAAAUCAUUCCGGUUAACCGAAAAGAGUGAUGUGUUUAGUUUUGGGGUGGUGCUUUUAGAAAUGAUAACCGGGUUGAAAGCGGUAGACCAAAGAAGAGAAAAAAGGGAGGUGGGGUUGGUGGAUAUGGUAGUAGCAAGGAUCCAAAUUGGAUUGUUGGAGCAAGUAGUCGACCCCACAUUGGCGGCCGAGGGCCCCGCCGUGACCGAGAGCGUUGCCGCGGUUGCUGAGCUAGCGUUCCAGUGUGUGGCGGCUGAUAAGGAUGACCGGCCUGAUGCACGGGAGGUUGUGGCGGAGUUGCGGCGUAUAUGGAGCCGUAUCCGCAGGGUUAGAGUGUCUAAUUCAAACGCCGUGGUGGUCCCUGCGGCGGCCGAAGAAUGAGAUCGGAGCAUGGUUGGCUGUGUAAUACACUAAUACUAAUACUAGUACUAGUACUAGUACUUACUUUUUUUUUGGUAUGAUGAAUCUAAGUGAAUUAUGAUGGGAUAAUUAGGUUGGAUAUUGGUAUGAUGUCUCUUUUUAUUAUAUUACAUCAUCAUUAUCACCCAUUGUCCAUUGAAAUGUAUUUGAUAUCAUGAAAGGAAAGUUUGUAUCUAAA